GUCAAAAUCGUAAACAAAACUUUUUUUUCCAUUCUGUAAACAAAACACAUUACAUCGCAUCUCGCUGCGUGUACUGCGCGAUAAAUUUGUAUACGCGUGUAAAAAUGACGAUUUUUUGUGAAAAAAUUUGCCGUUUGUGUUUAGCAGAAAAAGAGCCUCAUUUCACUGAACUGAAAAAGGAUGACGCACUUAUAGAAACUAUAUUCAAUUUAACAUCGCUAGAGGCCUUGCCAGGUGCAUUGGACACCGUUAUUUUGUGUGAAGAGUGUCGUCAAUUGCUUGUGCAGUAUGAACAGUUUCGCGAAACUUGUUUACACAACAAUAAGAUUUUUCUGGCAACAUUAGAAAGCGAUGAAAACGUUCGAAUUAUAGGUGUUGAAGACAAUUUUGAUGAGAACAUAAAAGUGGUGAUAAUAGAAGAGGAUGAUGACGAACAAACGCUGAAUCAAUGUGAGUCUCUUAAGCUAGAAAAUGAACAAGAGGUUGAGCAAGAAAAUGAGCAAGAGCAAAUGAGAACACGGGCUAAUUCCAAAGUUGGGAAAAAAUCAAGCAGAUUAGCCAACCAAGCUAAACAGAAAAAUACUACCAGUACCAAGUCCACAUUUUGUGCGGCCACUUCAAACCGAUAUCUGCCUUGUGAACAGUGUGGGAAAAUGAUUCGUAGAAGCAACAUGAGGAAGCAUCUGGAAACACACAAUCCCAAACCACCGCAGCUUUGCUGUUCGCACUGUGGCAAAAAGUACAAGGAUUCGAAUCUGUUGAAGGUGCACAUUAAUAGCCAUCACACGUUCGAGCGGAAGUAUGAGUGUAAGGAGUGCGGGAAAAUAUAUUUCCGACCAAAUUCCUUACGGGAGCAUAUCUACGCGAAACAUUCCGAGGAGAAACGCUUCGAGUGUGAUACGUGCGGUAUGAAAUUUACCAACUUCUCAAAGAAGACGUACCAUUACAUCACGGCACACACGGUAGCGAAACCAUUUUCCUGCCAGUAUUGUGAUAAAGCAUUUAAGCUAAAGAGUGACUUCACGCUACAUGUUCGAACGCACACCGGAGAAAAGCCAUUUUCUUGUAAUAUAUGCGGAAAGAAGUUCAACAAAAGCUACAACGUGGUAAUUCACAAGAAAUCUCAUAGGAAUGAUGAAAUCAAACCUGUUCCCAACAAGGAUAAUACAAAAGCAUAACAAUUAGAAACUUAAUUGUGGAAUUGCGGAAGGUUUUUGUUACGGAAAAGGAUCAUCUGUAGACGAGAUUUGAUCAUGCAGAACCUUCUUUUGUAGGGUAAGGAGAAACCAUCUCGUUUGGUUUGGUUGGUUAAGGCAUAUAAUAAUUGAAAAGUGUGUUGAAAAGCCAUCAAGUUCAUUUAUAAAUCUUUUUAAUGAAAUAGAGAAUCAAAACAAACCGA